AUGUUCCUCCGGAAGAAAGAAAACAUCAAUUGCCAUGAGAACCAGCACCCCGAUCCACCAACCCCCCUCUUCCCCGGUGUCUCGCAGCAGGACGCCCCCUACUCCCUCGCCGAAGACAUCCUCCGCGCCGCGCUGUACAUCCCCGCGGGCUUUGCCUUUGGCGCCGACGGCAAGACCGCCGUGCUGCUGGUCCCCGGCACCGGCACUUACGGCGGCGAGGCCUACGAACACAACUUUGGCAAACUGCUGGCCGCCAGCGCAUUCGGCGACCCGCUGUGGCUGAACAUCCCCGGCCGGAUGUGCGAUGCCUCGCCUCGAAAUGCCGAGUUUGUCGCCUACGCGAUCCACUACAUCACCGCCCGGUCCGCCGGCCCCUCUCCGGCCUCGCUUGCGGUUGUUGGCUGGUCGCAGGGCAACCUGGCCGUCCAGUGGGCGCUCAAAUACUGGCCCAGCACCCGCGCCCGCGUGUCGAAUUUCAUCGCCCUGUCGGCGGACUUUGCCGGCACCCUGCAGGCGUGGGGGUUAUGUCCGGUCAAGAACACGCCGGGGACGCCUGCGGUCUGGAACCAGACGCGCAAUGCGAGCUUUAUCGCGACGCUGCGUGCCGACGGCGGCGACUCGGCGUAUGUGCCGACCACGUCCGUCUACUCGGCCACGGACGAGGUGGUGCAGCCGCAGUCCGGCGCGCGGGCGUCGGCCUUGCUCAGGGAUGAGCGCAACGUGGGCGUCACCAACUGUGAGCUGCAGGUGGCGGCGCGCUUGAAGCCGGCGGGCAUGGUGUACUCGCACGAGGCCGUCAUGGCGAACCCGCUGGCGUGGGCGUUGGCGGAAGAUGCCAUCCGCAACGGGGGGCCCGGCCAGCUGGACCGCAUCCAGGAUCUGUCGGCGGUUUGCAUGCACACCAAGGCGGCAGGGUUGAACAUGCUGGAUAUGGCGUUGACCCAGAGCCUGGCAGCCUCGGCGUUGAAGAGUAUCUUGCUCUACUUGCCGAAAAGGGGGCAGGAAGAGGUGUUGCCUAGCUAUACUCAGCUCAAUAAGGAGCUGGAGAGUAUCCAUAGAUCAUGA